CCUACCUAGAGAUUUGAAAAUAGUCAUUGAGUUGAAAGCGACGACUUCCAAGUCAAGUACUUAAUUAGUGAGGGUACCGCCGCUAUUUUGGUUUCACUACCGAAUAUAACCCGACGCAGCCUUCCGUACUUUUCAAAAAUUCCAAAAACUCUCACCACAAUAUUAACCACUUCAAAAAUGGCCACCCACACUCAAGUCAACCUACCGCUUCCCCUCCUUCCCGAGGGUUGGGCUGGAGAGAAAGACUUCAAAGCAAUCGGAAAACUGUCUGCCGCCACCCAACGAAGUAUUGAAGCAGUUGGUCCUCACUUCCUCGCCCACGCUCGCCGUGCCCGCCACAAGCGCACCUUUUCCGAGGAUGAUCGCAUUCAAGCCCAGGAGAAUGCUAAGAAGGUCGAAGAUGACGAUUCCGGAGAGAUUAGUGAACCUGAGGACCCAAUGAUGUUGUCGCGCGACGCCAAAGACUGGAAGGUAUGUAAUGCGCUGCCACAGGGUUGAAAUUCUUGGAUUGGACUAAUGCGCCGCAAUAGCAACAAGAUCACUACGCCGUCCUUGGUCUCUCGAAAUACCGAUACAAGGCUACCGAGGAGCAGAUCAAGCGUGCGCACCGCAAGAAGGUCCUUCGUCAUCACCCUGAUAAGAAGGCUGCUGCUGGAAGCACUGAGGAUGAUAGUUUCUUCAAGUGUAUUCAGAAAGCUACCGAGGUUCUUCUUGACCCUGUUAAGCGUCGUCAAUUUGAUUCCGUUGAUGAGGGCGCUGAUGUCGAACCCCCAACCAAGAAACAAAUCAAGGAUGGCAAGUUCUACAAGGCUUGGAGUGCGGUCUUCAAGGCUGAGGGACGAUUCUCGCGUGUCCAGCCCGUACCAAAAUUCGGUGAUGAGAAGAGUACCAAGGAGGAUGUCGAGAACUUUUACAAUUUCUUCUACAACUUUGAUUCAUGGCGGUCGUUUGAGUACCAAGAUGAGGAUGUUCCUGAUGACAACGAGAAUCGUGACCAGAAGCGUCAUAUGGAGCGAAAGAACAACAAUGCGCGUAAGAAGAAGAAGGUCGAGGAUACCGCCCGUCUACGUCAGUUGGUAGAUGAUGUUCUGGCUGGUGACGAGCGUAUCAAGAAGUUCCGUCAAGAAGCCAACGCCUCGAAGAACAAGAAGCGUCUUGACAAGGAAGCCGCUGAGAAGAAGGCCAAGGACGAUGCCGAAGCUGCAAAGGCUGCCGCUGCUCAAGCUGCAAAGGAGGCCGAAGAAAAGGCAAAGGCUGAUCGUGAGCAAGGCAAGAAGGCUAAGGAGGCUGCGAAGGCUGCUGUCAAGAAGAACAGACGUGUCAUGAAGGGUUCCGUUAAGGAUGCCAACUACUUCGUCGACGGCGCUGCUCCUGCUGCUGCUAUUGAUGCUGUUCUCAACGAUGUUGAGCUUGUCCAGGGCAAUAUCGAUGCCGAUGAGACGGCGGCUUUGGCGGCCAAGUUGAAUGGUCUUAAGAUUGCCGGUGAGAUCAAAAACGUUUGGUCCGAGGAGGUCAAGAGACUUGUUACAGCUGGGAAAAUUAAGGAGGCUGAUAUCAAAGCUCUUCUUAAGAUAGACGGUGGUGGGGUAUUCUAA